AAUGAAUCCGACAAAGCACAGGGAGCGUGGGAGACACAAAAAGAAAGAGAAAGAGGAGGGUUGGGUGUUUGCUUGCUAGGAAGAGUCUCGAUCGCGUGAAAGAUCUAAUUCGCGAGGAUGGAUUUCAACGUGAAGAAGCUGGUGAAGGAUGCGGGAGCAGCUCUAAGCAGGGUCGUGCAGAUGACAGAAGAGACACUGGGUACUUCAGAAAAAACCGAGUUAGAUGCGCAUUUGGAACACCUAGCAGAAAGAGGAAAUGCCACCAAAACCUGGACGGAAAAGAUACUGCGGAAUAUGGAAGCUGUGCUUACUCCAAAUCCUGGUAAUAGGAUUGAAGAUUUCUUUUAUGAAAAAAUUGAUAAGAGGAGACCUAAUAGGUUGAGCAAUUUGGAAUAUGUAGGCACUGAUAUGAUAGAAGCUGGAAAUGAUUUUGGUCCAGGAAUAGCUUACGGUAGUGCAUUAAUAAAAGUCGGCCAAUGCCAGCAGAGAUUGGGACAGAUCGAAAGAGACUUCAUAGGAACUGCCGCCAAUUGUUACAUACAGCCUUUGAGGAAGUUCUUGGAUGGAGAAAUGAAAACCGUCAGCAAGGAAAUGGCGAUAUUGGAAACCAAAAGAUUGGACUUGGAUGCAUGUAAAAAUAGAGUGAGGAAAGCGAGGAGCAUGCUGGGUCAACAGAGUGAGUCCGGCAUAUCACCCGAAGUGUUGCUCGAUCAGGCAGAGAGGGAGUUAAGGGUAGCGCAAUCAGAGUUCGAUCGACAAGCAGAAAUCGUGAAAUUGUUGCUGGAAGGUGUCUCGAGCUCACAGGCCGGACAUUUGCGAUGCUUGCACGAAUUCGUAGAAGCGCAAGCACGUCAUUACGCGCAAUGCCACGCCGUCAUGCAAGAUCUACAGCGUGACCUUGCCGGGGCGCGUCAACCGAGCCCUUUGCUGAGAGUCAACAGCGAGGAAGUGAUCGAGCUAAAUCCUUCGCCCACUCUCCCUCAAAAUUCGUCCGUAACCGCCGGAUCUGCCGCUUACGUUACCGCCACAUUCGACACUGAUACCAGUAAAAUUUAGUUUUCAACCCUUCGAAUACGAAUAUUGACGGGUCAUUACAAAUUUUGAAUCCAGUUGGCAAUUCAAUUAACGGAUCUACGUUAACUAUCACGCAAUUUUCCCAUUUUAGCGACGUUCGUUCAAGUUACACGUACACGUUAAAAAGCUUGAUUCCAAUUGUCGCUUAAUCGUUGCAGACUUGUUACCUAUCAAUAAAUACUCUACAAUGUUGUAUAAUUGUACAUGCAAUUGUAUAUUUAGAUAAAUAGGACGGAUAAAGUAUCUUUUUCGAUCAAUUUCUUUGUGAACGAUUUACGGCGAUCAGUGCGGUUUACAUAUCUUAUCUUCAUCUUCUUCUAUACUACUACCUCUUUAUUAUUCUUGUAUUACCUUUCAAAAACAAUUGCUUUAGAUCGCCGUAACUCGGCCGAGAAUGGCCAUAAUGGCAUCAAAGAGAAAUUAAUUCUGAUGCGCCAUGUAACUAAACAACGACAUAAAUGUAGACACAUAUCACGCUUUUCUUGUUUUUAUACUAGAAUGUUGAUAAUCUGCCUGUAUUAUAUACUGCGGGGAAAAGAGUAAAUUUUUCCAUUCUUUCCAUAAUGUCGGGAAAUAUCGGGAUAAACUAUGUAACAAUAAUGCAUGUAAUUGUACCAGUAGAAUUGAGAACACAUGCCCGCAAAAGAACAAAUUAAUUUGCCGAAUAAAAAAUGUCUUUAAUGCAAAAUUCGAUCUUUUUAAAUUGCAUGCAUACUGAUCCAAUUCACUACAAUCGAAUACUUAUUAUUUCGCUCAAUGUCAAGUAAUGACUAUGUAGAAUCCCGUGGUGAGUGUGUGCCUGAUUAUAAACAUGAAACGAUAUUUCAAUAUAUUCACGUUGUAUAGCAAUGUAUGAUCCUCGUAAAAAGUC